CUUCUUAAAAUGAACUAACAGCUUCAUUAGUCAGGGUUUUCUUUCGGCAGAUUAUUCCCGCCACUCCUGACAGAGUGAAGCUCGGUACUUCUCACUGUAUUUGUUCUUCUCUGGAGAGUCGCUGGAGCCCCUGACACCGCGGAGUUCGUGCUGCCACAUGUAAAAGAUGGAGAUCCUGGAGAACAUGGGCGAGGAAGCCAUGGAGACCGAGGGAUCCGCCGUCAUAGCAACCCUUCUCAACGGCAGCUUGGACAGCACUGCCAACUUCACCAACCUCACCUUCUUCCCCUACUACCAGCACUCCCUGUACGUAGCAGCCAGCUACAUCCUGGCCUACUCCUUCAUCUUCCUGCUGUGCAUGGUGGGAAACGUCCUGGUGUGUCUGAUCGUCCUGGAGAACCGAUGCAUGCGCACAGUGACCAACCUCUUCAUCCUCAAUCUGGCGGUCAGCGACCUCCUCGUGGGGAUCUUCUGCAUCCCUACAACUCUGGUGGACAACCUCAUCACGGGGUGGCCCUUCUCCAACACAGUGUGCAAGAUGAGUGGGUUUGUGCAGGGCGUGUCCGUGUCGGCCUCGGUCUUCACCCUGGUAGCGAUCGCCAUUGAAAGGUUCCGUUGCAUUGUGUAUCCUCUCCAGCCCAAGCUGACUCUGCUCGUUGCCAAGGUAGCCAUCGUGUCCAUCUGGGUGUUAGCCGUGGCUAUUAUGUGUCCCGCGGCAAUAGCACUGACUGUGGAGAAAGUCCCUUUCCAUUACAUGGUCUACAAUGAUGACUUCAAUCACACGCUGCCCCUUUACACCUGCUACGAAAACUUUGCCAAUCCCCACAUGAGAAAGGUCUACACGGCGGUUCUGUUCGCCCACAUCUACCUGGUUCCCCUCACUGUCAUCACGCUGAUGUACGUGAGCAUCGGCGUCAAACUCUGCUCUUCCGCAGUCGCGAACCGAGAGCCCCAGUUGGGCAACAUCACGGUCCAGGCGGGAGGCAGAAGACACGCUCAGCAAGUGCUAUCCCAAAAAAAGAUCAAGGUCAUAAAGAUGCUCAUCGUGGUGGCGUUGCUGUUCAUGCUGUCCUGGUUGCCCCUCUGGACCCUCAUGAUGAUGGCGGACUAUGGUGGACUGGACAGGAACCAGCUGGACCUCCUCACCAGCUACAUCUUCCCCUUCGCCCACUGGUUGGCCUUCUCCAACUCUAGCGUCAAUCCCAUUGUCUACGGCUACUACAAUAAGAACUUCAAGAGGGGCUUUCAGGCUGUGUGCAAGACAAGGCCCUUCUGCUGUGUCGCCCGGCUGCAGUGCAGAAUGCCUCGAUGGGGACAGAGAGGAAGAUCUGCGCAAGCGCUGUCGGAGGGGACCGAACUGAGGGACGGCAGCAACAACCACAGCAACUUUCUGUUGGGACUAAGAAACCGAGUCCACAAUGACAACAAACUGAGCGAAACGCCAGAAAUAAACAGGAGCUCGAGAAUGGGGUGUACGGUGGUCCACAAAGGCAGAAGUCUCUCUGAUCAGGGGAUAGAAAUGGUAGCCAUACAUAAGAAAAGCAGUAAUGACGAAGGCUCUGAGAAGGUCAGCUCACUAGCGGUUUCAGUGUAUCAGGCAUGGGAUAACUGAAGAAUACCUGGAACAAAAUAUGAACUGAACAAAGCCAUACAAAGGUGCAUUGGUAAAGACAACCGCAUUAUUAGAAGCAUUCUCACUCAAAGCCCAUAAAACCUGGAUCGAGUCUAAACAUUCCAGCUAAAGCUGCAGUAUGUAACUUUUAAAAAAAUAUGCUUUUUACAUAUUUGUUAAAAGUUUAAGACAGAUCUCUGUGGUAACUACAGAAAUACAACGCUCAAUCAGAAACAACCAAUCAGAGCCAGGAGGAGGGUCUGAUGGUGCGUUCACACCAAAUUCGUUUUGAGCGUCAGGCACGUCUGGUUGACAUUUAAAGUCUAUGUGGAGGCGAGUCGAGGGCCUUUGCAGCGCGUUUCGAACAUCUAGCGAUUUGAACCGUUUUGACCCGUCCAACACGUACGACGCUUCACAUAGACUUUGAAUGUAAACCAGACACGCCUGAUGCUCAAAACACGUUGGGCGCGAAUGCACUAAAAGUACACACGCGUCGAACUUGAAGCGUCAGGCGGGUUUGGUGUGAACGCACCAUUAGUCAUUAGUACUGUCUAUCAGUUUCAACAAAUAUUUUUGUAAAAGUUACAGCUUUAAGUCGUUUCAGCUGAAUAUUACUGCAUCUUUGCAUGCAUGGUGAAAAUAAGGGGUAAAAUACUCCAUUGUAAGCAUAUACCUGUAGAAGAAUGUAAUCUUGAAUAAAACCCAGAUCAAACUAUGAUCAAACUAGAUGUAUGAGGAAUCAACAAGGCGACUGGUCGGAGCUGAAAUCAUCAACUACUUCAAAUGGAAACACAAACUAAACAUACAUUUAUGUAGUUCUGAGAUAUUCUUAGCUGCCAUAUUGUCAAGUACAAUAUGGCUACGGCUAAGUACAUAUUGUCAAGUUUCAGCUUGGCUACGAAGAGCCUUCAAGAAGAACCGCAGAACCUUUGAGGUUCUUGAACAAAAGUAAUUUUAAAGAAAAUGUGCACAUAUUAAACAUUACACAACCUGUCCCCCAGGCUGCUUAAUGGACACAAAAUGACUAAUAAAAGGAUUAAAGGUGACCUUAAGAUGCACUGAAGUCGGUGCAAAAAGAGCCUCAUCGCUCUGCCACUAUCCUUUGUAUCAAAUAAUUCUCCCACUCCAUUCAUGUAUAUUAAAGAUCGGCAUCAGUCUGACCUGUACAUUAUGAAAACGGAGCAUUUGCGUUCUCAUUUCAGCUGCCAUGCCGUCCUUUCUUCUCUGACAGCUGCGCUACAGCCAUUUCAUUUACCGCUCUUUUAUUUUUAACUCGUAUGUUAAGCUCAGCUUGUUCUCUGUCGUGAAACUAUGUCAGAUACUGUAACAUAAAACAGCUAGCAUUCACUGAAAAAUGUGCCUUUAAAGAAAAUAAAACUACCUCUGUUUGUAACAAAAGUCAGUGAAAACUCUGCUUUCAUACACAAUCAAGAACUCAAAAAAGAGAAAAAACCUGUUAGUCGACUACCUCAACUCACACCAGGGUAAUUUGUAUAUAAACUCAAUCACCAAGCUUAUUUAGCACCACCAACUUAAAUUUUUGAA